CUCAGUUCGGUGCAACAGAUCACCGCUGAUUGAUGGAAUCCUGAAACUGGUUUUCUUUGUUCUAACUUCACAUCUCCUUGGUCUCGAGUGCCAACCAAUGUCCGGAUCAGAACAAAACCGUGGUCACAAAUAGUCUCGUUAAGUGUGAGUGAGUGUGAGCGCAAGUACGCGAAAGAAGUCUGGUUUCUCUUGUUCUGACACCAAAGCCCACACCUGGAUUAAGAACAACACCGGAAUAAGUGAAAAGAAGACACGGUAUGGUGAUCGUGCAUCGUUGUAUGCACUUGUGCAGCAGUAGCAGCAGCAGCAGCAGAAGUACGGAACAAUCGAGCGACGGAUUUAUGACCUGAGCCGGAAAUCACAAAUCAGACAUCUAUUAUCAAACCGCAUCCCUCACCUUCGGACGAACGACCCAAUACAACACGCACCUCGACGUAGAACUCCGAUCGGAAACUGCAGAUUCUUUUCUUCUAGAUAAUUAAUGCUCAUUUAAAGUGAUCUGUGAUGAGGCAUGCAUCCGUCUGGGUGUGUAUCUUGACGUUCUACAAUCUCCAAUCGUCGUCGCUGGCCGCAAUCGUUCCACCGCCAUGGAGUGACCCGAACAAAAACCCUUGUGCCAGUCAACCGGGCGGAUGGCAGCUGCUCUACUGGCCACCACUGAAGAAAUGCUUCAAAAUCUUCCAGCUCGGAUACCCGUGCCCGGACACGAUGGAACUCAGUCCGGUCGGUGUGGGCUCUACCAGUUCGGGAUCUACAGCCGAAUGCCGCUGCCCACCGGGAACGGCUCAGUCUCCGCUGACGAAAAGAUGCCACCGGCUGUUCGAACGGGGCCCGUGUGAUUUUGGACAAUUUUUCGCACCUAUAGCCGAUUCGGAUGUGAAAAGUGCCAUACCACGACAACGUUGGGGGACGUGCAAAUCGGCGGAAAUAUGUGAGAGUGGGAUGAUCUACUGGCCGCAGGAUAACAAAUGUUACCAAAUGCAUACCAAAGGACCCUGUCCGAAGGGAAAAUUACUCAGUAUAGAUAACGACGGAAUUGCCAAAUGCAAGUGUGAGAACGAAGGGGAGUUGAGUAAUUAUUUCUAUGAUGAAACGGAAACAUGCCAUGAGUUUUUUACCAAAGGACCAUGCUUGCGAACCGGAGAACUGUUUCUGCCAUCGAAAAAAUGUGCGUGUCAUCAACGGUUGCCACAUUUUCAUAACGAGUCAAACCAGUGUUACGAAUUAGGUACCAUAGGUCCAUGUCCUAUUGGGCAUACCUUCAUCAUAAGCGAUAAACGAGGUCAGCAAGAGGUGAGCUCAAUGAAGGCGGAGUGCCGGUGCAAAGAAAAUUACGUUCUAUGGAAGGAUGGCUACUGCUAUAAAUUAUACACCCAAGGGCCGUGUGAUUUAGGCUCGUUCCUAGUAGAUUCAAACGUUUGCAUGCCAAAUCCAUGCGAAAAGGGAAGAUUAUACUUCCCAAAAGAGAAAACGUGCUAUCGAAUAGGUUCUCAGGGUCCUUGCAGUCUCCAUCAAGUAGUCAUAUUUGACUUCACAACAAGACCCUCUCUGGAUGGCAUUUCCUAUAACGGAAUCUGUGGGUGUUCUGGAGUCAUCCACAAUUUGGACCAAUCAUGCACCGAAGACGAAGUUCCUAAAAGUGCCUGCGACAGCACACCUGAUAUGGUAGAGAUAAAUAAGCAAUGUUUCAAACUUUACACCCGGGGAUUAUGUGGCCCUGGACAGUGGCUUGAACCGAAAAAGACACCGUCCAACGUUCGUUCGGCAACGUGUGUUUGUCGUCCGGGAUAUGCUCCGUACGAUGCAUCCCUACAAAACGGCGUAGUUGGCUGUCAACCACCAGCCGUAGGACUUGCCAGGUAUUUGAACGGAAAACGGAUUCUCUCCAUUAGGAUUGGAAACAUUACGCUAGCAAUCCCAAAUUAGCACUGUAGAACUAACAGAACAUUAUAACUAAUAAUAUUUUACAACGCAUGUGACGCAACUUACGGAUCUAACUUUUCCCCAGUGGUUGGUAAUAGCAUGAAUCCCAAGAAGAAUGUUGGUAUUUCAAUGUUGUACCUACUAGGUUUCGAAAAAGCUAAUCAUAGAAUGUAAACCAUUUUUCCUCAUUCCGUCUAGGUGGUUCAUGAGCCUGUUAGGAUUUGCAUCAACCGAACCUGAUGAAUACUAAGUUACCAAAAAGAGCAGCAGUAGCCACAGAUCUUUUCCUCAGACAUGCAACGAGACAUUCACGAUACUUUAAUUAAGUGUGACAUUUGGAUAAUUUCCACUCCACUCCAGUCAAGAAAGCAACUACCUUGCCUAACCCGUUACAGGCUCCCGCAAGAAUAUAGUUUGUUAGGAUAAGUAUUGUGAUUGUGCCAUAGUCGCAGAAAUGGCGUAUAAAAUAUUUAAACGGAUCUUUUCAAAUGCCAAUGCCGACUGAAUAGGUUAGUUAAAAAAUACGAAUAAUAAAGAGAAUACGAAAUAGUA